AUGAACACAUUAAACAGAGAUGAAGAAUAUCAGCGCCCGAGUACCUCAGCAAAUGGAAGUUUCAAUCCUAAUAACUCAGCUAUUAACAGAAGUAAUAGUACCAAUCAACCCAUCACCAAUGACAGCAACAAAUUAAUCAAAAAAAAGGUCACUAGAAAGCCUGAUAAUGCUGAAACUAAUCCAGGUAUAAAUAAUUUAUUAUUUGCUAAUUUUUCUUUUCAAAUUUUAUACCUGUACAUAAUAAUAUACUACCAUAGAUUUUAUAUUAGACAGAUAGCAUGAUGUAUGAAUACUUGGUGACUAAAAUGAUUAUAGUUAUGCUAGCUUUCCGUAAGAUAGCACAGUAAAUAAUGUUAAACACUGUUAUUGAAUUUCCAUUGUAAACUAAUAAUGUUGAUCAUAAUAAUUACCUAUUACCUAUUUACUUAAUAGUAUGCCUAACCUAACCUGUUUUAGCUGAUUUUUGAACCAUAGUGCUUGAAUAUAUAUUAUUAAAUUCUAACCAAAAAUAAUCUUCAACUCAUUUCAGAAAUAUUUAAAGUAAAUAUUUUAAUUAAAAUAAAAUCUUUAAUAAUACAAUAUAACUUUUAUUAAUUUAACAUUGUUAGAAUUUAGUUGUUAUUAUUCAACAGAAAAUUUAUUUUUUACUUAUUUUUAAUUGAUUACCUACUAUUUUACUGUAGUUCAAAUUAUUUUGCCUUAUUUUUUACCUGUAUGAUGUAAACUAGAGUGCCUUGAUAGUGUUUUUCAAGGCAUUCUUAAAAAUUAGCUAGUACUGGUUAUCGACGGACAUUGGUCAAGGUCGGGCUAUUAUCAUAAUUACCAAGCGACCACAUAUGCACACACACACACAUACAACACAUUAAAGAUUGGCUGGGUUGCAUAAACGUUUAUUAGUGGUUUACAGGGCCUUUAACUCUCUACUGGCCCGUUUAAAAAAAUUGUGUGUUACUUGAUCGCUCGUUAGUUUUAACGGAUCUGAAAUUCCUUAGUUAUUGGUCCUGUACUUACAGGUCAAAUUUUGUGUCUGUAACUUCUACAAAUUCUUUAAUAUAUGGUGUUAUGAAUUUUAAUUUCUUUCCAAAACUAUUCUAUUUCCAGUUUCUGGAUCAUUUGUAUUGUGCAGCUUGGUUAUUUUCUCCCAAGAUUGUUUUUUUUUUUUUUUUUUUGACAUGAACAAAAUCAGUCUAAAAUGCAUAGGUACUGAUUUUUACCUUGCCUAACAUAUUGUAAUUUAUAAUGAAGUAGACCUGUCAAAAAAAUACCACAAUAUUUUCAAUUAUAUCCUUAUGUUAAAUCAUCAAUUCCAUUAAUGUUGUCUUUUUCAUUCAGUAAAGUUUUUCUACUUUACCCUUUUUGGCGUCAUCAUCACAGGUCAAACAACUAUUAUAAUAUAAAUUGUGGUUCGAAUUUUUUUUCAAAUAUUCAUUAAUUAUUGACAUUCGAUAAUGUUAUCAGUAAUCAUUGUAAUUAAAUAAAAUGUGCUAUAUUUUAACGUAACAAUAAUUUGUUGAAAUUAAUUUUAAAUUGCAAAAGAUUUCCACGUUGUACGGCGGCCCGAUGUGUCUAUACUUUAUAUUGUCCGUUCGUGAUUCGAUCUUUCGCUCCGUCAGUCGUACGACGGUAUCUACGUGUGCUUUUAUAGCGUCUUUUUUCAUUGUACAUAGUUAUCGGCUCGAAUAGCCAAUUAAUAAAUUAAUAUAUUCUUAUUGCACAUUUUCGUGUGCUCAAAUCGACGUGAAAAUUAUUAUUUUUCCAUAAUAUCAUUAAUCGUGUACGCUAAUUGUUGCGAAUACCUAUUACGAAUACCUUCACGUAAAAAAAUGUGAGCGCUUAUCGCCAACGCCGUUUCCGUUUUAUCUAAAAUAAUUGUUUAUAGUUUUUAAGUGUGUGUGUGUGUGUGUAUAAUAUUUAAUUAUUUAGGUACAUAUGUAUAGGUUAGGUUCCAGUCUAAUAGAAAAAUUAAAUGCAUUUGAUAAAAUGCAGUGAGUUGUAUAGUUAUGUAAUAACCAAAUAGAUAAAAAAAAUUUAAGUCAAAUUAUCUUCAAAUACACUAAAAAGAGAAAAAUAGUGACUUAACUCAACAAAUAUUUUUUUAUUAUUCAAUGAAUAACACACUUUGACUUAAACUAUAAAAGCACAAAUUAAAGUUAUUUUUUUUCCGAAUUUUGCUAUGUUUAUAACUCAUUUUUCACAAAAUGUUGACUUAACCCAUUUUUCAUAGGUACCCACGAAAUAAUUUAUAGGGCAUUUUAAUAAUGUUUAACUGAUUUUUGCUCAGAGCUGUUUUUCGUUUACAAUUGUUUAUCAUAACGUAUAUAUAUAAAUAAUUAAAUGGUUUUAUGUAUGCCACCUUACCAACUGCAUUCCUACAACAGUGGCACUGCCAUCAGCAGUAUCAGAGUUUGUUCAUUUUCUUUUGUAUUAGGUACAGUAUUUCAACUGUUUAUCCCGUUGUCUCAACAAAAGUUAUAUGGGAUGCAUUUUCUCCUAUUUUUUCAAGUCUGUACCAUAUUAAUCUCGUUUAUCCCCUUACUGUUAAUGAAUAACUAGACAUUUUUUUGAUUUCUUUAUGACAUUUUUCAAUAAAAUCUACUUUACUAUGGAAUUUGUGUAUUAUUGUUUUGACCAUUCUGGCAAAUAUUUUAUAUUACAUACACCAUAUAAUAAGUAAUGACAGCAUUUUAAAAACGUUUCUUGUAAUAACUUAUAAGUUUUACAAUAUUUUAUUAAAAGAUAAUAAAUUAUACUCUACGCAAUUAGUUUAGCUGAAAAGUAUCUACACAAAACAAAAGAAGAAAAAAUUGAUCAACCGCUAUCAUGAAAGUAAAACUGUCUUUGUGUAUACGUAUUUAAUUUAUAGGUAUUCAAAAACCUUUAUAUAGUUGACAUUUAUUUUGUUUUUGUAAAUUAUAACAAUUAUAGUUAGGUUUAUUUAGAAUACAUUAUACUUACAUCAAGUUUAAUUUGUUUAUUUUAGUGUUCUGUAUUUUUAUUUUAUUUUUAUGGUCACCCUAUCUUAUAUUAUAAAAGACAAUUUAAUACAAAAUAAUUUAUUUAUUUUACAGUGUUUUUUAUAAUACUGACACAUAUUUUGAUUAGCUAAUUUUAUUUUUCUUGAUAUGUUAUGUUAGCUGUUAAUUUGUUGGUUCAACAUGCAAUUAUUCCAGAAGUAAUUCUGUAUAGAAUUUUACUAGUGCUCAGGAGCUAUAAUGGUUGGAUGAAUAGUGUAUGGUUUUCAUUAGUUUACAUUGUAAGUUAAUUAAAUUAAAUAGAAAUUAGUUAUUUUAUUAAUACUUUUUUUUUUUUUUUUUUAGAAAAUAAAUCAUUCUGUGUUUAAACCAGGUCAUUAUGGUUAUAAAUCACUAGCAGAAGUUUUUAAUAAUACUCAAUAUUUUUAUAUUUAUAAUAAUAUGCUACAUAAACAAUUAGACUUACCAAAUUAUAAAAGGUGGCUCGAUUGUGAAUCAAAUUGGACUAAAACUAAACUUCUCAAUUUACAAGUAUAAUUUCUCAUUUAUUUAGUUAAAAAUAUACAUUAAUAUCUUCUUUUAUUAUGUUCAUACUAUUUUCGUCUUAUGUAUGUGUAAAAGCAAAUUUGUGAACCAAAUUGGUCUGAUUUGUUAUUAGUAAAAAUACAAAUAAAUAAAUAAACUCGUAAUUAAAAUUAGUAGGUGUGUACUAAUAUUUUUAAAAAAUGUUUAUACAAUUAUAUUUCUAAUGUAGCCUAUAAAGGUCUAUAAUUUGCAGUAUAAGACAGUUAUUACAAUAUAGAAGUUGUAGCCACUUUGUGAAAAAAAUAUUUUUCAUGAAAAGGAAACUAAUAUUACCUAAUGGGGUAUUUGAAAUGUAUAGAUUUUAUUGGUUUUGAUAAUAUACAAUUGUAUAAAUAAGUUUUCUGAUUAUACCUUGAUAUUCAACAGUGUAGGUACUCUAGACUCCUAUAGAUGCUGUUUGAACUACACAAAUUUCACUGCUUUAACUUACUUGAACAAGUUAAUAAACAAACCACAUAAACUUUACAUGAGUUCCUUUUUUUUUAAUUGUUCAUGUAAAAGUAUUUGUAAGAAUAAGUGAUGUACUUGUUAUAAUGGUGAUAUGAAAUUUAAUAGCCAUUGUCACAAUUUCUCAUCUCAAAUAAAUAAAAUAUUAAACAAAUUACUUUUUUCAAUCAAAAAUAAUAUAAAAAUAAAUACAUAAUAAUUAAAUAAUAGUUAAGUGUGGUAAAUAUUUUAUUACAGUACACCGUUGUGGACAUAGCGAAAAUAUUUUUUUGUAUUCCACAUAUUGUAAACAAGGUGUUUCCUUUUACAUGAAAAUAUCGAUUUCAUGAAGUGUCUACGACAUAUAUAUAUAUAUGUGUAUUGAGUUAAUUUAAAUAAUUUGAUCUGCUAUUUUUUUUUAGAAAAGAAUUGAACAAGAAUUGACUCUAAAUGUGUCUAUAAAUAUACUGCAAAAAAGGAUACACAAUAGGAGUAACAACAAGCAUCAGGUCAUAGUCUCUGAAGCAUAUCAUCCAUGCUUCUUUUUUGUUCAAUUACUCAAAAAUAUUGAAAGCCUUAAUUCUUUAUCCCAUGAUAUGCAGUAAGUAAAUAUUUAUAAAGCGGUCCUAGGAUAAUGGUGUUAGAUGUAGCCACUGUUAUAGGUAAUGUAAUUUAAUGUAUAUCUGUAAGCAACGACAAACCAUUGAAAAAACGAUUCGGAGUUCAGUUGAUAGUGGUGCUUUGUCAACAAUAUAUGUGUCAUAUUAUGGUAAAAUAAUUAAAUAGGCAUUAUAUAUUUUCUUUAAUAACAUUUGUUUAAUGUACUGAUUUUCUCGGAAAUUAUAAGUGAAGCGAAGACGUUCUAAUAAUCUAGGUAUGCAAUUUAUAUAAGUUACACAUUUAUUUUAAUUAGAAGAUAACUUAGAAAUUUUUUAACUUAUACAAAUUCUAUUGUGAUAGAAACCAUCACCAUGAUAUAUUCUUUUGUUUUAAAAAAAAAAAAAUCAAGAAGAUCUGAUAAGUAGUUCCAGAGUUUAUCCUGUACAAAGAUUUUCAUUUCACAUUUAUAUAGUUCGAUGGUAUGUAGUAUAUUUAUACAUUAUUAUGAUUUCUUUCUGUGGGCAACUUUACUAUAAGCAAUUUUUCACCAAUUUAUAAUGAUAGCAAUUUUUUCAAAAGGAGAUUAAUGUAAGGAAGUACUUUAGAGAGGUAAUUUUUUGAUUUUCUCGUUUUCCCAAUAAAAAGAAAAUUUGGGAAAAACCAUUGGAAAACUGUGUGAAAAACAGAAAAAUAGGUACAAUAUUGAACAAAUAUUUUUAAAGAAAAUAUAUACUAGUAAUAUGAUUAUUUUACCAUAAUAUAUGAUAUAUAUAUAUUGACAAAUCUACUACACUAUCAACUAAACUCUGAUCAAAAUCAAUUUUUAUUAGCAAUAGUCGCUAACAGAUAUACAUUAAGUUACUUAAAAUAGUAACUGAACCCAUCCUUAUUAUCCUAGGACAUCUUUUUAUUUUUCCUCUUUAUAAAAUAUAUUUGUUCAAUUAAUGUUGCAUAUGGUAAUAUUUGAAUUUACAAUUUUUUGUUAGAGUUUUUUAUUUUAUACCACGUCAAAAAUACAUUGUUAAACCAGAGCACAUUUUAGUUGGUUCAUACUUUGCAGCUUAUUUUAUAAAUGUAAACAAAUGGCGUAGAGUUAAAAUUAUUCGUGAAGUUCAAUCAAUGGUUGUCCAAGUAAUUUUUUGUUAAAAUGUUUUGAAUUCCAUGCUAUAAUAAAACCAUAUUUAUUAGGUAAUUCAUGUUGACUGCGGUACAAUGGAUUUUAUACUGAAGAAAGAUCUGCGAUACCUGGAUAAGAAAUUUUGCACAUUAAAAGCUCAAGCAAUUCAUUGUUGUUUGUUUAAUUUCAACACAGUUAAUGAAGUUAAAGCAAAAACAGUUAAUAUGUUUUUCAAUAUGGUCAAUAAUAGAAGAGUUCUUCUAGCUCAUUUUGAUAUGGUUAAUGAGUUGGUAAGUAAUAUUAGCCGAAUAUUAAAAACAUACAUUAACAAAACAACCAAUAUUUAGUAAAAAUUAAAUACAUAUAUUCUUUUGGUUUGGUUUAGAAUUACAUGAAUCAAGUCGCGCAUGUAACCUUAAGUGAGGGAUGCAAAAAUAUAAAUCGUGAAUUGUAAGUAUUUAUUUUUAAUUUAAAUUUAAUUUGGUAAAUUUACAUAAACUUACUUAAGUGCUUCAUUAAUAUCCUUUUUUUAUUAACUUAUCUGGUUUUUUUUUAAAAAACCAUUUACAUUUCAAAAUCUACUAUUGCUAUUAUUGCCAAAACGUUCAAGAAACUUAAUUUUCUAUUGUGAACUUUGCAUAAUAUACAGUUAUCCCAGUCCCUUAUUGUCAUAAAUUUAAUUAUUCUUGGUUAUAUGUAUAUUAUUUGUUUUUAUUAUAUAUAAAAUAUUGGGUUUGAUAACUACUUGAUAAAUAUUAUUAAUUAAUUAAUUUUAAUAUCAUAUUUUAAUUGGAUGCAUGUAGAAACCCUGAAAAUAAUUGUGCAUAUCUUAGAAUUCUUAACUGUAAAUACUCGUACUCAUUUUCACAGACUCUAGAAUCUUAGAAUUUCACUAACAGUGUAUUAUUCCAGAUCGUAUUUCACCGAAAUCAAAAAAUACGCACACCAUAUUGUUCCCGACCUUAUUGCUAUAAUUUUUAAGUUAGGAAAGUCUAUAAAGCAAAAUGUCUGUAAUCCUAUGUAUUUAUUUUUUCUGGUAAAAUACAAUCUGAAACUAUAUGUUUUGUGAAAUUCAGGGUUUAUAUAGUCUGUGAAAAUAUGGUUUACAUAUUUCAUUUUUCGGAGAAAUAUUAUCUGUUCUACCAUCAGCUAUUUGUUUUUCUAGAAAGUUACAGUCUAUGUAACUGUAUUUCAAUUCCAUAAAUAUAAUAUGGAGCAAUAAUACUUUCUGCGAUUAUAUUAUGUUCAUCCUUAUUAAUUGUUUUAACCAGAGCUCGGAUGUUAUGAAUGCAUAUUUUUUUUAGCGAAAUCUGAUUUAUACCCGAAUAUGAUAUAAAUAUAUAAAUUUGAUUAAUGAAAUCUAGAUUUCAAAUAUGCAAACUUAUUUUGCAUAUAUUUGCAUAUUUGAUAAUUUUAGAUUUAGUAAUAUAUUUUAAACAAUUUUAAAUAUAAUAUUAAAAAUUUGUAUAGUAACUAUUUACCAAACACUUUAUAUCACUACAUAAAUCAAUAAAAGUUACUAACAUAUCUAGUUAUUUAUUAAUCUACUGUAUGUAAAUACAGUGGGUAGUUAACAAAAACAUACUUUCGGUCUUUCUAAUUUGAAAAUAUAAGUAAAAUAGUUGAUAUACAAUGUGCAAUCCUGAGAUUUAAAGUAUUUAAUCUAUGUAACAUUUAAUUUGUUUUUUCGAUUUUGAACCAUUUUGAAUUAAUAUUAACCCAGUCUUUUGUAAUUUUUUAAAAAAAUUUGUAUAUUCAAUGCAUGCAAGAUUAAAGGAGUGUAUAGUUUAUUUUAAAUUAAUAUUUAUUUUUUUUUUUUUUUUUUAGCAAUUUUAUUUACAAUUUAUACAACAUUAUGUACAAUGAGCAAAUUUGAUAGUUGAUGUAAUAUAAAGUAAUAGAAUUUAGCAUUUGUGAGGGCAGGCACUCAGCAGCACCACCCAACAUUUUAGAUGUCGUGAUUUUUUUUUAUUAUAUAUAUAUUUUAGUAGGUCUCUAGGCCACUGUCUUUUAAGUCUUCUGCUUACGUUGCCAGGAAGUGAGGUGGAAGAAAGUUGCUUUAUUAAUGGGUUACUAUGAGAGUUUAAGUUGGAGUAAAAUGUAGAGUAAUGUGCUUUUGCUAAUUGAUUGAGUGUAGGAAUUUUUAGGUCUUUGUGAAGAUUAUUGUUUGUGAAAUACUAAGGAGAAGAUGUUAUUAAUCGUAGGCAGAAAAUUAAUAUUAACAUCUGUUUUUUUUAUGUUUGUUGAAAAAUAGGUAUACUUAAUACAUUAUUCUGUUGAAAAUAAAUAAACUAAAAUAAAUUAUAAGCAAUAUAAUUAUAUUUAAUAUAUUUUAAGGCAUAUAAUUGCAAAUUUGGAAAUUUUUAAAUACAUAUUUAAAAUAAAUUUUGAUCAAUAACAUCCAAGCUUUGGUCAUAAUAUUUUAUGAAUAUUUGAAAAAUAAUAAUUAUUAUUUGGUUGCAAUUUCAAACAUGACUAUUUGAUACAACUUUCAUGUUAUAACUGUAUAUUUGCUAAAUAAAACAAUAGGGGUAUUAACCUUUAGAAAAUGUUAUAUUUAUUAAAAAAAAAUGUAUGUACUCUAGAAGUCUAGAAUAUACUAUAGACUUGCAUUUUAACUUAAGCAUAGAAGCUUAAACAACCUUUUAAAAUACAGUUGGUAUAAUAUGUAGGUUGGUGGAUUUUUUUAACUGCAUGUACUCUCAAAACUACUGUUUGAUUGUAAUAUGUGUAUUGUUAAUGCGCAAACUAAAAUAGUUUUAUAUUAAGUAUCAUAUAAUAUGGGUAACCAAAUUUUUUUUUUUUCUAGAUUCAAGUUUCACUCCUAAGUUUUACACUGUUUUAAAAAAAGAAUUCUUAGAGGAAAAACCCGACUACUGCUACUGUUGGUGAACUCACGAUUGCCGAUGCAAUAUAUAAUUGUAAACUUGUAAUAUGAUAUUAUAAUAACUACUUUUUAUUCAACUUAUUUUAUUUUUUACACUACAUUUGUAUUAACUUUCUAUACAUAAAACAUUUUAAUGUUAACACAUAGCUUAUUUUAAUAUAAACCUUUUACUUAUUAUUUCUAAAUGUGUGUAAAUGAUUAUUUAUUUAAUAUUUAUAUUUCGAAAAACAAACAUACCUACUUCACAUGAUGGGUGCGCCACAAUUGUAGAUGAGAAAUUGGGAAGGUAGGAUAUUGUGGGCAAUUAAAUGUAUUUCUGUAUGUAAUGAUUAAUCUUUGCUAACGAUUCUAAGUGAAAUUUAGUUAUAUAUGUUUUGAAAGGCCCUAGUAUUUAUGAUUUUCCUUAAAAUUUAGUACUUAACAAAAAAAAAAAAAUGUGUACUUUAGCUUUUUUUUUACCAAAAUUAUAAAUUAUAAUGAAUCUCAAAUUUUCAAGCAUUUCUGUUUGAUCUAAUAAUCACCAUCAUCACACAUAUAUCAUGAAAAGAAUUGUAUUUACAGCCAGAAUAUUGCUACUUUAACCAAAAUAUUUUGUUGCACUCAUGAAUACAAAAUUUUAUUUAAAGCUUACAAUGUAUUUUAUACUGGUUUUGAUACUCACAAUAGAACCUUUUGUAAUUGGUAAGUAACCAAGUCUAAUAGGCUACCAAACAUUCUGCAACUACAAAAAUAAUUGGUUGUAGAUUUUACCAAAUUGUAGUCCAAAAACUGCUCUUUAUAUAUAUUUAUAGCAAUGUAAUUUUGCAUUUUUUUGUAAAUUAAACAAAAAAAAAUUCUUUGCUGCACUCAAAAUCUAAAAUCUAAAAUAUUAAUAACAAAAAACCCUUGUCAAAAACAGAAUACUGAUUAUUUUGGUAAAAUAAAAAUAUAAUUGGUAAUAAGACAGUAUCAUGUAAAUUAGUAGGUACAGACCUAUGAUCUACUCUAUGGUACAAACUGUAAUACAAUAAAAUUAAAAUAUUGUAUAAAACAACCACAACAUUAGUUAAUCAUUGAUCAUUGAACCUAAUUGUCCACUGUAUAACAGAGAUUUAUACAAUGAUUAAUUUUGUGCCAUUUUGUGCAUAUCAUAAAAUUGAUGACAUACCCAGUAGUUACCCUUGACUACCCCCCCCCCCCCUUGACUAUAUUUUUUUUUUAUUUAGAAUGGUGAAAUAAGUAAUAGAAGAUGUUCUAAAAUGCAAACUGAUUUGAUUACACAGGACAAAAUGCAGACUCUUAGGAAAUAA